GACAGCUGGCCCCGACCGGCAUCGGUAGACCGCGCGCGAAAAAGUUUAGCGGAUUUAAAAGUUUAUGAAGUAUUGUUACUGGUAUAAAUAGAUUUCAUCGGAGUAAUAUUAUACAACUUGGUACCUACUAUAAUGUGAUAACAAUAUGAUUGAAAAUGGUGUUUGUGUUAAAAUAGUAGUCAGUGCCAAAAACCCAUCUAAAAACCAAGUUUCUGAGUGAUAAAUCGGUUGUAACCGACAAAGUGUGUUAAGUGUUUAAAAUGUGAUUUAUUAAUUUCAAUGAGGAUGCAAAACUCGACGAGUCGUCUUGAUAUCGCUAACAACCCUAAGUUUCGACUGCUGACACACCUGAUAAAGGAUUGUUACAGAAGAAAUUCUACCCACAGUCAAAUCGUAGAUGAUUUAAACGAAGAAACAGAUGUCUAUUGCCCGCGCACGUUCGAUGGAUUCGCUUGCUGGGACGAGACCCCUGCUGGCUCUACUGCUUUCCAAAAGUGUCCAUCCUUCAUCGUCGGCUUUGACCCGAAGCGCUAUGCCUAUAAAAAAUGUAUGGAGAACGGGACUUGGUUUAAGUUGUUUCCGGAAGCGAUUAUACCAUGGACAAACUACACCACUUGCGUCAACGUUGAAGAUCUAGAUUUCUGGAGCACCGUGAACAACAUUUACGUAGCAGGAUACUCGAUAUCCGUGGUGGCUCUUAUACUAUCACUAGUGGUAUUUUUUUAUUUCCGAUCGCUUCAAUGCACCCGUAUCCGUAUUCACAUGCAUCUCUUCACAUCAUUCGCAAUCAACAACUUGCUUUGGAUCUUCUGGUACAAGGCGGUGGUCAACAACGUCUCAGUCAUUCAGGAUAACAAGACGUGGUGUCAAGUACUACACAUAAUAACACACUACUUCAUGGUGACUGGCUACAUUUGGAUGUUCUGUGAGGGUCUCCAUCUACAUAUUGCUCUGGUUGUAGUAUUCGUCAAAGACGACGUGGCUAUGAUGUGGUUCGGGUUGAUCGGCUGGGGAGUCCCAUUAGUUAUUAUGGCUAUCUAUUCUACUGCUCGUUACUUGACGCCUGGCGCUACGGAACGAUGCUGGAUGGACCACAGUGAUACCUUCUGGAUAAUCGUCGUUCCGGUUGUAAUGUCCCUCUUUACAUCCUUGAUUUUCCUGGUGAACGUAGUGCGCGUCCUUUUGACCAAACUCCACCCGGCUCCAAACCAGCAUGCCUCUGUAGCCGCGAAAAAAGCUGUGAGAGCUGCUCUGAUACUGAUACCCUUAUUCGGACUUCAUUUCAUUCUGAUACCGUUCCGGCCCUCUCCAAACGCACCAGGCGAAAGAUUUUACCAAGUUUUUUCGGCUCUUCUCACGAGUUUACAGGGAGCUUGCGUAGCAGUGUUGUUUUGCUUCACCAACCACGACGUGAUCACCGCUACAAAGAUACAUCUCGCGAGAUACAUGGACCAAAAUGACGGCAUUCCAAUGACUGGUGUAACGGGAGGAGACAGCAUGAUGAAUACUCGAGAAAAUAUAUUAUAGUGUUAAAAUAAAAAUAAUUUAAAAAUCUUAGUGUUUAGUAACUUAAGAUUAAGAUAAUAAUCGGUUAAACAGUGUAUUCCGUGUACAGUAUUAAACUUAAAUUCAAAUUCAAAUUUCAUCAAUUAAAACCGCAACAAUAGCUGUUAACUUUUGUUUAAAUAAAAAAAAUUAAAGCAGUUUAUGAAAUAUUAAAGUCAAUCAGCGACAAUAGUCCAAAAUAAUUUUUGAAAUUAUAAAAUAAGUAAUAA